CCAGCAUCUCGGCGCAAAGUGGGGUGAUUCAGUUGAGGAAUAUUAACAGUAAAAGCGUGAACCCCCCCCAAAAAAGGACUUUUUGCAUUCUCCAAGACUUCAAGGAGACCAUGGCGUACACCAGGGCUUCCUUACUGGUGAUUUUACUGCAAAUAUUCCUCAUCUGUUCAGCUCAGAGGGGCCCGCCUGGUCCCAGGGGGCUACCUGGCUCUCCAGGUUUUCCUGGCAUCAAUGGCAUUGAUGGAGAGAGGGGUCCAGGCCCCGGUCCGGAUGGUCCUCCGGGCCAAGACGGAGACGAUGGGAGAAACGGUUCUAAUGGACUACCAGGAACUCCAGGAGCAGACGGUAUCACUGGGCCUGUUGGAGAAGCUGGCCCAGUUGGGCCCAUCGGACCAAAAGGUGAACCCGGCGAUCCUGGACCUAGAGGGAAACCUGGGGUCGGCGAGGAUGGAGAAGCUGGUGCAGAUGGAGAGGAUGGAUUGCCAGGAGAAUUGGGCAAAGCUGGACCUCCAGGGAGCCGCGGAGUAAGAGGGGCCGGUGGCCUUCCUGGACCGGCAGGACCGAGAGGCCCCCCUGGCGUUUGGAACGGUGAAGAAUUGUGUCCAACUUCCUGCACACGGGGACUGACCGGCUAUAGUGGACUUCCAGGAAUGAAGGGCUACAAAGGUAUCAAAGGUGAAUCUGGAGAACCAGGAAGACAAGGACAUAAGGGUGAAGAGGGAGAACAAGGCGCCUCUGGAGAACCUGGCGCACAAGGAAAACCUGGAACACAGGGACUAAGAGGGAUCACUGGUUUGAUGGGUCCUAAAGGUGACAGGGGCCCUCGUGGGAUCGAUGGUAACGUGGGUCCUCAGGGCGUUCAAGGAGCUCCUGGUGAUCAAGGGCAAAGAGGAAAAAUGGGUGAGACUGGACCAAGUGGAGCUCAAGGGCCGCCGGGACUUCGAGGCAUUGUAGGUUUGAUUGGACCUAAAGGAGAAGCUGGUUUGCCAGCAAUAGAUGCUCGUGAGGGUAUCCCAGGAUUGCCAGGCAGCAAGGGUAUCCCUGGCAAAGUAGGUCCUCCUGGUGAAGCUGGCCUUCAAGGGCUGCCUGGUUUGCCAGGCAUGCCAGGUCCAAAGGGUGAGAGUGGCAAGAAGGGGGAACCUGGUGAUCCAGGUGUGGCAGGACCAAUUGGGAACAGCGGAAAGCAAGGCGAACGUGGUGAAAAGGGAGAAGUAGGACCAGUAGGACCAAGAGGUGGGACAGGUGAGAGAGGGAUGAGGGGUCCAGAUGGGCCUCAAGGGCAGCCAGGUCCAAGGGGACCUAUAGGGGAUCUCGGUCUACCUGGCCUACCAGGUGCACCUGGUUUUCGUGGUCAGAAUGGUGACAGGGGUGCAGUCGGUCUCACUGGUCCAAAAGGCGAGCAGGGAGCACCUGGUGAAGAGGGCGCUCCAGGAGAAAAAGGGGACGUAGGCGAUGAAGGGGAACCAGGCGAGAAAGGUUCGCUGGGAAAACCGGGCGAUUCAGGAAACAAAGGUCCAGAGGGAGUGCGUGGACAGCAGGGACCUGAAGGUGAACCAGGUCUGUCAGGACCCAGAGGCAUGCAGGGAGAGCAAGGAGAGCGUGGAUUACCUGGCCCACAAGGACGACCGGGUCGAGGACCCACAGACCAACACAUCAAGCAGGUCUGCAUGAGGGUUAUGCAAGAGCGGCUCGCUCAGCUUGCAGCAAGUCUGACGCGGCCACUGUACGGCAUUACCGGGUCGCAAGGUCCUCCCGGCCUUCCCGGACCCCCCGGCUCGCCCGGAGAGCACGGCUUCCCGGGACACGCUGGAGCCAGAGGGUUGCCAGGUCUUAAAGGACCUCCUGGACGUAUUGGACUGAAAGGACCUAAAGGUGACACGGGAGACCGAGGAGACAGAGGACCUACAGAACAAGGGCCUAAAGGCAUUCCUGGGCCACCAGGUCUUCCAGGUGAGGCCGGGCAGCCCGCAUAUGGCAACGACGGGCGCGAUGGUAUGAGAGGGCCUCCUGGUGUACCCGGAAUGCCCGGCAUUCCAGGACCUCCCGGUCCACCUGGUCUUAACGGAUACUGCGAGCAAUCACAGUGUGCAUUACCAGAACCUCCACCUCCACCUCUCAAAGAAUCUGGCAUGAAGGGACCAGACAGACUUUAAAGUGGCUGCAGAUUUGAAGUCCAGAGACUAACAGAAGGGAAACCCUUCACCGACUUCUUUAUUUUGAGGAUAAAACGUUUCCUGCAAUCACAGUGUGAUUAUGUCCAUAGUGCUUUCUGAUUUUCCUUAAAAACAUAUACCGUGGGACAUUUUUAAGCCUUGAGAUAUUUCCGAGACAUCUUUUUGAUCGUUCUGAAAAGGGCUGAACGUUCCAGCAUGCACAAAUGGACUUCCUAUUAAAAAAAAAAAAAAAAAAAAGACACGGAUGAAUUCUUUUUAAAUGGUUAGUCAUGCAAUAACUUCCAUAAUACACCCAGGGGAGUUAUUUUCCCAACUGAAUAAACCAGGGCACCCGUGUCUUUACCGAGUAACCAUAAGUCAUGAAAUGUACACAAAGAUUCAUGUAUAGUCACGUCUCAAAUGCGAAAAGGUUUAUACACUAGUACAUAAUGUAAAUACAGUUCAUUACCUCAACUUGACUGUUCAUGCCAAUUUUUAACCCUUCAGAAUUAAACCCAUUUCUAAAAUCAGCGUAAAUCAUUUUAAACCUUUGUUCAAUUACAUGUAAUUAAGUGUUAGUCUUCCUAUUACCCCAUAAGUACAGUCUACUAACUACGUUCAACGUGUGAUCGUUUCAAUGGUAUUAUUUAUUUUCUAAAAUAAAAAAAAAAAAAAAAAGGUUCGAUGUCACACCUACAUUUGUGAAAAUGGGUGAAUAAAUGGUUUUGAUA